AUGCUUAAAAAUUACGAUAGGCUCAUCUCCAAGUAUGGAGUUUUAGCAUGGGAAGCAUUCCCGUUCUCUAAGGAGCAACUGGAUUUAUUGCCAGAGAAGGCAAAGGCCGCACAAACACUGGAAUCUCUUCUUGUUGCUGGGGACCUCGAUUAUGUCAUUGGGAAAGAAGGCUUGAAGGUUCCAGUGAAGGAGCUUGUUGGCAAGACCAUCCUCUUCUUCUUUGCAAUGAGUGAUUCGUUUCAUUGCCAGAAAUUUCUUCCCAAGCUGAUCGAGGCAUAUCACAAGAUCAAGCGCAUGGACAGUGCUUUCGAGGUGAUCUUCGUCCCUAUGGGCUAUAUGGAUUCGGGUGCUUUUGAGUUCUUCUUACGCAUGCCUUGGUUGGCGGUGCCGGUGGAUGAUGACAGAAUAGGAUCUUUGGAGAACACUUUAGAAGCUCAUUACGUCAACACCCUGGUUGUCAUUGGUCCUACAGGUCAAACGAUCACAAAGAACGCCGCAACUUCGUUGAAGAUGUAUGGAGCCGAUGCCUACCCGUUCAGUGAAGAGAGGAUCAAGGAGGUAGAGAUGGCACAAACAUUGGAAUCUCUUCUUGUUGCUGGGGACCUUGAUUAUGUAAUUGGGAAAGAAGGGUUGAAGGUUCCGGUGAAGGACCUUGUUGGCAAGACCAUCCUCCUCUUCUUCUCGAUUCGCAGGUCCGGUACAUGUCGUGGAUUUCUUACCCAUCUGAUCGAGGAAUAUCACAAGAUCAAGCACAUGGAUAGUGCUUUCGAGGUGGUCAACAUCUCGAUGGACAAGGAUCAGGAUUCCUUUGAGGAGUUCUUCUCCGGCAUGCCUUGGUUGUCGCUGCCAUUCGGCGAUGAGAGGAAGAAAUCUUUGAAACGUACUUUCCAAGCCGAUAUCAUCUACCCCUCCCUGGUUGCCAUUGGUCCUACAGGUCGAACUAGCACAAGGAACGCCAUGCAUUCGUUGGCGACCCAUGGAGCCGAUGCCUACCCGUUCAGCGAAGAGAGGAUCAAGGAGUUGGACCAGAAGAUAGACGAGAUGGCAAAAGGAUGGCCUGAGAAGAGGAAGCAUGAGCAACACAAGCAUGGGAAGUUGGAGUGGAGCUGCCUCCAUGGCCUGUAUAUGUGUCGUGACUGCCACAAGAUUGGAAGUGGAUGGUGCUACUUGUGCUCCAUGUGCAGUUUCGGUCUCCACCCCAAAUGUGCACCGAAGGAGGAGAAGAAGGAGGAGGAAGAACAUGAUGAAGGAUCUGAGUGUGAUGGAGAGGUUUACAACGAUUUCGAAGAUUCUGAAGAUUUCGAAGAUUCUGAAUAA